AUUGGUAAAAUAAAUAAUAAUAUAAAAUACUUAAAAUCCCCCAAAAUGGAAAUUUUUUGGUAUUCAAAAUCAACAGGAGCGAUCGGAAGGACUUCUUGAAGCUUGCUGUUAAAACACCGGAAUUUUCCAGAUGAAUAGGCGUGUAAGAUGGAAUGAGGAAAAUCUGGGGGAAAUUGAAGCAAAUAAACCCGUAAGGCAGAAAAUAACUGAACCCAAGACGCCGUACCACCCCAUGAUUGAUGACGAUGGGUCUUUGUCUCCCAGAGGACGUAGUUUCAACGAUUGUGUCAUUGAUGUGGAUGCUGAGGAAUUAUGCUCUGCUUUGAAAGAUGUGGCUUCCUCAAGUAGAAAAACAACUGGGCAAUCAGGUGGUUGGACUUCUUCUGAGGAUGAGGCUGAUCCUAUGGAUCAUGAUGAAGAAGAUCAGAAUAGUAAGAGUUUUAAGGAGCAAAGGAAAGCACACUAUGAUGAGUUUUUGAAAAUAAAGGAACUGCGACGUAAGGGUUCUUUCAUUGAGGAUGAAGAUGAUGAAGUGGAGGGUGAUUCAUCAUCAUCAUUAAGCUCUGGUGUCAAAGACAUAGGAAUUGGGGAAGGUCCUGCAAGUUUGCCCCAAAAGUCUUCUGCAAGUCCUGGGCAUCCAGGUAAUGGAUUGUGAUUGUAGAAGUCAUCCGACCAGUCAGAGACGCAAAAGCUCGCUCUUUUGACGUUCUUUUAUGGUUGUUUGAUGUUUAUUUUGAUGCACCGCAAAAAAGUUAGGGAUUUUCCUUUUUCCAUAUUUGAGUUCGCUUGUACAAAAUUAUCUAAUUUGGCAUGUUUGUAUGAAAUCUUGCUCAUCUAAACUUGUGGUCUUAACAAAUAAGCAUGAUGGCGAAGGAUUUGUGA